GCGCGCGGUCAUGGCAUUUCGUUGAGUGACUUGCGCACCUCCGAAAUUGCGCAGGUAGUAAAGUAGCGUCUUCGCAAAUAUGUCGUUGGAACUGGAAUCAAAGUUCGUCAAGCAUGGAGUAUGGACAGACGUUUCGAAGGGCUCUGCAUUAGGUCAAAGUAUUACAAUCGAUACAAGGACUGGCAACCUGCUGGUAGCGUUACUCGCUGUCAUGUCCACCAUAGGCACUGCUCAUCUAUGGCAUCUUGUCACGUUCAUGAUACAUCAGAUUCGCGCCAAUGGGAAGUCCACAGAUGCAUUAUUUCGCCAGCAACAAGCAUUGUUACGCACAUUACCAGCACCGAGCGCAGUCAUGACUGAUACCAUCAAGUUGUGGUGGGCUUGGAGGAGCAAAGCGAAGCGCCCUCUCCUGCGAUCACUCGUUCUCUUGCUUGCAGCACUGCUAUUUGUAGCAGUCAGUGGAGCAGCAAGUAUCUUCUCGUCUCUCGUUGUUGACUCCAGGAAUAUCGUUGUACUGGUCGAUAGCCCAGGUUGUGGCUGGGCGUCAACUGAACGCAUCUUUGCAGGAGAUUACGUAUAUCCUGUCAAAGCUGCGUCCGUACCUUACGCCAGCCAGUGUUAUAACGCAACAUCAAUCAAUGGCACACUUCCUGCUGCCUGCAACACUCUUAUUCAACGAGAGCUCCCUUUCGAGACCCGCAAGGUCCCUUGUCCUUUGGGCAAUGCUGUCUGUCAAGACACUCCUGGUAUCGAGUUCGACACAGGGCUCAUCGACGUGGGACCAGCUUUUGGUCUUGACCUAUCCAGCUCAGAUGGUGUGCAGUACCGCAAGAAGACUACGUGUGGUAUUCUUGCCUUCAAGAGACCAUACGUCCAGGGUGUGCUGGAUAGCAUUGGCGACAGCGGUCAAUCAACGGGCAAUGUUUCGACAACACCACGAUCCUUGAAAUUCCAAUACGGAACCAAGUUUCCGGGUGGUACACCAAACACAACUCUUGGUGUCGAUCUCAACGGAGCAUACUAUUUGAAAGACUACACGCUGCACACUUUCUAUAACUAUAGCAACCCCAAAGCACCUGUCACUGCUAGCUUCGCGCCGAUUCCAGAUCUCAAGCGUGAUAACAGUACCCUGGUUCUGAUCUACGUGGGUUCAAAUUCUGUUUCGUACAACAACCCAGUCAACGACCCGUUGUUCAACGCAACACAGCCGCUAGAUGCAACUUUCGUGAACGCUGGAGGUGAACUUGUAGAAAAGUCGGUGUAUAUUUCAAAUCACGAAGGACAAUUCAUGGGGUGCCAGGAUCAAUACCAGUUCUGCUUCGCACAGUCGGGCAAAACAGACUACUGUACUGAUCUGAACGAGCUCCCUCUCAGUGUGUAUCUCGGGAAUCUGCCACUCCCAGCAAAUAUCGAUUUUAGUAUGUUCCCAGGUGCGAAUGGCAUACAACGCACGAUCCUCAGACUGCUCGCAACCUCGUCAUACGUAUUCAAUAUGGCGACGGUGCCAACAGACCUCUUGGCCGGAUCCCUCGAGAACCCCGACAGAGAAGAAGGACUGCCAGACGACCAAUGGAUCCGCGAGUUGACGCGGUGGCAACGCCAAAUCCUCGCCUCUCUGCAAGUCGCAUUCCUCGACUAUACCAUCGGUCCCGAGAACAGAGACACAGCAGCAGGCGUGCACAUCCAGCCCGAGAACGAAUUCGAGAAACGACUUUGCAAAAUGCAGAAAAUGCGCAAAUCCGGCGACGUCGUUAACAUAAACGUCUUCGGCCUCUCCUUCAUCAUUGCGCUCUCUGUCCUCCUUGCCGUACUUGACAUAUGCAUUCUCCGCAUCAUGAUCUACUUAACGCGCUUCCGCCGCGCCCUCGGCCCACGAGUCAGUCGCUGGAUCCAAGACGGCGUGUGGCAGCUGCAGCGGCGCGCGUACGAGGGCGAAGGGUACCGCGGGUGGGCUGAUCUGGAAGCUGAUAUCCCGCUCACGAACGAGAGAAAGUUGAAGGAUUUGCCGAUCCUGUGGUUGCCGGGGAAGAGCCCGGCGCUGGCGCAUCUGGAUUUUGGGCUUAGGGACCCGGCGAUCAAUUAUGCGGAGACGUUUGGAUCCACGAGUACGGUUGCAGCUGACAGGGUGAAGAAGAGUGCUGCGGUGGGGACUGUGGAGGUGGACCUGGUUCGUGGGACGGAGGACAGGGGGCUUGGAUUACUUGGAUUGUUCAGAAGGUAGACGCAGAGACUGCUAUUGAACAUUUAGAUUAGGAUACCCCCGGAGGCUUUUGCAAUUGUUUACAAGAAACAAGAUAAUGAAGUCAUGAAAGGUGACCUUUCUUAUUUCGUCAACCGGCAGACGUACAUUUACUGUCUAGCUGUUCCAGUCAAGUGUAUAGAGACGAUGGGUAGAUGUAGUUCGU